UUUUCUUUCUUUCUUUAUUUAUUUUUUUAAAUUCCUGCGGCUCUCCACCAGUGCGCGUGCAUCCCCGGGUACAUGUUUGAAUGCCCGGCGCGCCACCUGGCGACGCGCGGUUACGCGCACUCUAUAGCGCAGUGCCGGUAGAGCGCGCGGUCAGAUUCCAGCGUUAGUUUCACGUGGAGCACGAGCGCGAGAACCACGACUUUCCUCCCCGUUUGUUGCUUCCGUUGAACUGCUUUGCCGUUGAAGCCACCGGAUUAGGGCGCUGGACACCGACUCCGCGCUGUACGGAAGUUGUGCCGCGCGCGCUCGCAUGGAGAUAGUAGAGGUGGUGCGUGCGAUGUGUGUCAGUGAGGACAGUGUCUAAGGGGGGGGUGGAGUGGACACUGCUGAGACUCAUCCUGUACUUCAGCUUUGUCCUCAGAAUAUGCCCAGGCAUCACCAUGAAUCUGACACUGAGCUCCAAGCCUGGAUUCUUCCUCACCAACAGCUCUCCUGGAAUGAGAGCUAAUGCCGACAUUGCUGUCAUUCCUCAAGAGUUCUGGCCAGAGGGUGACAGUCAUCAAGCCAAUGUUUCCCACCUCGCACGGGGCAACAACUUGACCAGCUCCCCAAAUGCCACACUUACACCCAUUGUGGUGUAUGAUCCCUUAGGCGGACACUCCGUCUGGCAAGUCAUCAUUAUUGUACUACUAACAGGGUCAUUGUCCCUGGUAACAAUCAUUGGAAAUAUCUUGGUGGUUGUGUCGUUUAAAGUUAACAAACAGUUGAAGACAGUGAAUAACUAUUAUCUGCUCAGCCUGGCCUUUGCUGACCUCAUUAUUGGCAUAUUGUCAAUGAAUCUUUACACUACAUACAUUAUCAUGGGCAGGUGGGCACUUGGAAACUGGGCAUGUGACUUAUGGCUGGCUAUCGAUUAUGUGGCUAGCAAUGCGUCUGUCAUGAACUUGCUGGUAAUUAGCUUUGACAGAUACUUCUCGGUCACAAGGCCACUUACAUACAUGGCCAAACGGACCACUAAAAGAGCAAUGACAAUGAUUGGCCUUGCCUGGUUUAUUUCCUUUGUGCUCUGGGCCCCUGCCAUUUUGUUUUGGCAGUACUUUGUGGGGAAACGAACAGUGCCUCCAGGAGAGUGCUACAUCCAGUUUCUCUCAGAGCCGAUUAUCACAUUCUGCACUGCAAUUGCAGCCUUUUACCUGCCUGUGACCAUUAUGACAGUCCUAUACUGGCGGAUCUAUAAAGAGACAGAGAACCGAUCAAAGGACCUGGCAGGACUGAAGGGCUCAGGGAACCAGGCCAAGCAAAUCAGCGAAGAGGAAUCUGCUGCAAUGAUGCCCUCAACAGACAGCUCUUACAGUUGUGUCAACUACACCCUGAACCAGCCUGUUCAAAUGGACUCUGAGAAAAAGAUAGGAAAUAGUUGCCGCUUCUGGCUGCUGGGUCGCAGUGGUCAAAAGGGUUGCAGCACCGAUGCAGCACAAGAACACAGCAGUAGUGAUAUCUGGAAUAACAAUGAUGGCGGAGCAUCAAUGGACCAAUCAGAUGAAGAGGAACAGAACGAAGAAGGUGCCAGUGCAAGUGCCAUUUACUCCAUUGUGGUGGACAUGGCUGAAGUGACGACGGAUGACAACUCUGGGAUAUCUAAGCAAGGACAACUAAAGCCUGAAAACAUUGCUGCAGACAAACCAUCUAGAAAAGUCUUUUCCAAAACCCCCACCCAGUCCUUGCCCACUAUGGACAACUCUAAGCCUUGUGGGAGCUCUUCUGCCUCAAAAUCACCUUCAGUACCUCUGUCCUUAAAGGAUGAAUCUAUGGCAAAGGAUUUGGUCUCAAAGACCAAGACACAAGCCAACAAACGCAAGAAGGUGUCACUUGUCAAAGAGAAAAAAGCAGCACAGACAUUAAGUGCCAUCCUCCUUGCCUUCAUCAUCACCUGGACUCCAUAUAACAUCAUGGUCCUUGUAAAUACAUUUUGUGAUGACUGUAUCCCUGUGGGACUUUGGGCUCUGGGAUACUGGCUGUGCUAUGUGAAUAGUACAGUGAACCCUAUGUGCUAUGCACUGUGUAACAAAAACUUCCGCAUCACCUUCAAAAUGAUCCUGCUGUGCCAGUGGGACAGACAGAAACAAAAUAAGCCUCACCUUCAACAGAAGCCAGCAGUAGUGGCCUACAGGAAGAAGUAACUAGUGUAGAGAUAGAAAUGAGACGUCAGAUUUAAGAGCGUAGACUGUUAUGAACUCCUGGGUCAACCAUUCAUCGGUGCCAGUGUUUAGAUUUGCAACACUAAAGCUUACAGACCAUUUGCAAGAGUACACUCUUAGAAAAUAGUUCCUCAAUGUCUCCUUGGAGACGUAGGGUUCUUUAUUUCCUAAUGUGGCUGUACUCGAAACCACCUUUAAGAAGGAUUACCCCCCCCCCCCCAAAUUGUGCAGUUCAACAUAGAACCUUUAAGGGUUCCCCAAGGGCCAAACUAUUGAACCUUUAAGGGUUCUAGAUUUGACUUUCUUUCCCUGUGUGUAUUGCCUUCAGUGUUUGUCAAAAGGGCUGUUGAGUUUGUGAUUGUAGAAGUACGCUGUUAGAAAAGAGGUUUCCACGAGGGUCCCUUAAUAGUUACAGUUUUCGAAUUAUAAAGCGGUUCUACAGGACCCAGUGCUGAAGGGUUCACCCUAGAGGGACAAAUCAGAUAACCAUUUUGGGAUACUAGAUCAAACCUUUUUUUCUUAGAAUGAAUGUGAUUGAUUAGUGCCUCUAUUCUAUCCAAGUGUUUAAGGUCCUGUGGGGAAAGGUUACACAGCCUCCUGUUGUUCCAGCCGAGCGAGAGCUGGGUCAACACGGCGUUUAUUUUAUUUUUUAUCUUCGGUGUAAACUGUAAACAUUUUCUUCACUGUACGCUGGUGUUUUGUUUCUGAUAUAUUUGGCCAUUGUCUGUAGUUAUCAUCACUGAUGCAUACUCUUAGAAAGAAAAAAAAAAAGAAGGUUCUUUGGAUAGUUUGGGUUAUUCGCUUCUGAAAGGGUUCCACGUGGAAUCCUGUCUGAUAGAGGAACUACUUGAUGGGGUAAUUUAAGGGAUCUUUAAUGGUUCCUCAGAGGGGCAAACCAAAUAACUGCCAAGGGUCCUAGUUUUUUUUUUUUUCCUAAGUGUGUAGGUAGUAGUUAGAAUGUAUUGGUCUCUGUUGUGUUUGAUCAAAAAUGCAGUGUUUUCCACACAGAAACUGUUGUAUGAAGCUGCUUAUAUAUGAAUCGUACGAGGUGGUAUUUAUCACAUUUUAGACAAGUAAGUGCUUCUGUUGAUGUCCUCAUUAUGCAGCCCGCUGUUCAUUCUGUACAAAUCAUUUUCUAUUUUUCAAACGUUUAUUCAGAUAAGGACUCUUUUAAGGUGUAUACUGGGGAGCAUGUUUUGCAAUAAAGACAAAAUUAAGUGUUUUCUUGCUAGAAAAAAAAAAAAAAAGAAUUUGAUUUAAAAUUUUAUAUAAUUGUUAUUAUUUUUAUUAUAUUGACAUAAAACGUACUGGGGCUGUAUUCCCAAAGAAUUUUAAGAUUGAAAGUAGCUCCACAUUGGCUGGUUUAAGAAAAAAAAUGAAAUAUUUAUCGUUAAUUCUUAUAUUAAGCCUCUUCAUUUAAUUCACAAAGCAUUUUAGCUCUUAAAUGCAAGUCCUAGGAGUAGACCAGAGGUCAGAUAUGACUGAAUCACGGACCAAUCUAACGUCGCUGACGGCGUUUAACUGCACAAAGUUCAUGUGUUUGAUGUAUCUCAUGUCAAACAGGCUUUUAAAAGGUAUCAUGUGAAUUGUGGGAGUAUUUCAAUGGUGGUGGAGUUGUAAGGACCGCCACCUCGCCUGUUAAGUACUGCACUGCUGCCGGAGAUCACGGUUUCCACAAUUCUCUGCUACUUGCUCCGGUGAAAAUCGCAGUUACACAGCAAAGAUGAACUGCAGAUGUUAUCCGUAAGUCGUGUUUUUCCAUCAAACAAUAAAUGCUACUGCUCCUAACAGUUCAGUUGUUGCUACCGAUGAUGUCAUUGUUCAUAACUGAAUAUCAACAGUGAUGCUCAGUGACUGGCUGAUGUAGAGGUCUUCAUUGUAAACUAAUAAGCGAACGCAUGUCAUAUUACAGUGUGAUGUAUAGAAUAAGUGUUGUCGAUUUCAUAGCACAUGGAAACCAAAAUCUGAAUGCUCGUAUUUGGUUCAGAUGUUUACAAACUACAGAACCAUGAGUACAGGACUACUGGAUGGAUGGGCGGAUGGAUGGAUACACUACUGCACUUCUACAUACUGUAUGGAGUGUGUUCAUUGACGCUCGAAUUAAUUAUACAUAAACAUCCUUCAGAAAAUGUAUGUGAGCAUUUAUGUAUGCAAAUAAAUAGCAAGAGCUAUUAUUAUUAUUAUUAUUAUUAUUAUUAUUAUUCAUUUUUAUAUUGAAUUUGAGUGCCACUGUGGAUUAGCGGUCAGCACGUUUGCCGUGCACCUCCGGGGCUCAGGAUUCAAAUCCCGCCUCCGCCCUGUGUACGUGGAGUUUGCAUGUUCUCCCUAGAAUAUCGGGGGUUUCCUCCGGGUACUCCGGUUUCCUCCUCCAGUCCAAAGACAUGCACUGAAGUCUGACUGUCAUUUCCAAAUUGUCCGUAGAGUGUGAACCUGUGUGCAAUUGUGCUCUGUGAUGGAUUGGCAUCCUGUACAGGGUGUCCCUCGCUCUGUGCCCCGAGUUCCCUGGGAUAGGCCCCAGACUCCAGCGCGACCCUGUGUACGGAUGGAUGGAUGGAUGGAUUUUAUAUUUAAUUUGCUUAAGAAUGUAUUGCACAGACUCCUACUGCAUCAGCCAAUCACUGUUGAUAUUCCUACAUGAGCCAUGCUGUCAUCUGUUCCUCUUAAUUUAGUAAUUUCUUACUAAAAGUCUCGUCCAAGGUGUAUUCCUCAGUCUCUCCCAGAGUUCCCAGCAUUAGCUCAGGAUGCACCUCCACCCUGAGCAGGAUAAAGCAGUUAGUUGUUAGAAGGUGAAUGAAUAAAGGAAGUUCCACUGAGCAGUUUUGUGAAUAGUCUUAUUUAGGAUUUUUGUGCUAUUUAGAAGGACACUUUAAGAUUAAGAUUUUAAGAUUAUUUGUGACCAUGACCCCCGUAUACAAAUAUGACGAUCAAUGCUGCCCUCUAGUGGUUGUUAGUGGAGAAAAGCAUUCAAGGAUUAGUCUAAAAAUUUACUUACAUUAUCAGUAUCGCUAUAAUUUCUCUGUUUUGCAUUUAUAAUGCUGUUUUUAUCUAAAAGACAUGUUCUGACAUGAAUAAUAAAGUAAUAGGCACAGUAGGUUCUUUUCUGUAUACAAUUAUUAUUAUUAUUAUUAUUAUUAUUAUUAUUAUUAUUAUUAUUAUAUUUUAAAUAACAUUUCAUUUGACAAUUUAGAGCCUUGGAUGAAAUUUCUAAAAUAAAGCCAUCAUCCUUAAUAAUAAUAAUAAUAAUAAUAAUAAUAAUAAUAAUAAAAAUUAACUAGCCUUUCCAUCUUUGUUUUUUUUUUUCCCCUUUGUCUUAUUUUGUGUUACUGUAAUAUAAAACAAACUUGACUACAAAUGUAUCUAUAAUGACGUCCUGUUGUAUGAUAUUUUUGGAUGAUAUUUAUGUACAGUUCUGUACAUUACAAGACACAAUUACUGAAGAAAAAGCUAUUUUUUAUUGUAUUUAAAAUGUUUUAAUGUGGAUAAAAACUCAAUGUUUCUGUAAGACGAUUCAUAAAGUACACACUAGAAUUUUCUAAUUCAGUACUCUUUGUUAUGAGACAUUCAUUUGAUCAGUACCAUGUUUUUUUUUUUCUCUCUCUCUCUCUCUCUCUCUCUUUAGAGUUUAUUUAAUGACUGCCGUAUGUAUGUGUGCGAAUUAUGUUGCUUGUUUAGAUUUAUUUUGGGGCAGUGGGUAAGGUUCUGAAUACAUUAAGGUCAAAAUGAAUCUUUUUCUCAGACGUUUAGCCAGAACGAGGAAUGUUCCAGAACAGGGCCUCGUACAGUGUCCGGUCAAUUAGUCCAGAACUGUAUUCCAGUUUUAUUCAAAUCUAUACAAUUCUUUAAGAUUCGAAAUCUAGGGUUAUUUACCUCUUAUACAUUUGAGUGCAAAUGUUUGCAUCCCCUGAAGACGACAUGAAGAAUACAAAGAGUUUUUAUUUAUAGCAACAAUACAUUUAGUGUGUUCCGUUUCACAGGCGCUCCUUCAUUAUCACAAGUAACCAGAAAUAAUGUAGGUUAAUGUAUUAAAAGUAAAAAAAUAAAACUUCAAAAUGCUACAAAGAUUUGCCUCCCCCCUUUUUGAAUGUGUUAUAAAUAUUCUGUAAUAGCUUGCAUGUCAGGAUAAUGAAGCCUGUUACGAUGAUGACGUUUUACUCAGAUGAUUAAUUCUCUUACACUUUAUUAAUAAUGUGAUGAAUGAUUUCAUGUUUUUAAUGUUGAC